GGACCAGAAGCUUUGAGGCAUCCUUCAUUGUUAUCAGCUUAUAUCUUAUUCUGCCCAUGGACAAGUUACCUUUCUGCUGUGAAGAAAUGGCAAUCCCUCAUUGGGACAGAAGCAGAUUGUUUUUCUUCCUCCUGUUCCUGUUUCCAGCAAUGAUGACAGCCAUACAGUAUCCUAAAACCUUGCCCUGUGAUGUGAGUCCCUUGAAAGAUCUUCUGUUAGUGGACUGCACAAACCGUCACCUUACCACAUUUCCAAAUGGUAUCCCUGCUAACACUACCAACCUGACACUUUCUAUCAAUCAUAUUAAUGACAUUAAGAAAGCGAACUUUGAGCACCUUGAGAAACUUGUGGAGAUUGACUUUAGGUGCAAUUGUAUGCCUGCCACAUUGGGGCCAAAAGAUAAUAUCUGCAACAAGAAUUUUAAUGUUCAACGUGGCACUUUUGAAAAACUCACCCAGUUGAAAUCACUGUACUUGGAUGGAAAUCAGCUCUCAGAAAUCCCCAGGGGCCUACCUCAAAAUUUAAGUCUGUUGAGUCUUGAAGCAAACAAUAUUGUUUCCCUCAACAGAGAAAAUCUGGAGGAACUUGGAAACAUAGAAAUUCUCCUUCUUGGGAAUAACUGCUAUUUCCGCAAUCCUUGCAAUGUAUCUUUUCAAAUUUCUAGUUCUGCUUUCCAGAACCUGACUAAAUUAACAGUGUUGUCAUUGAAAGGCAAUAACUUAACCAGUAUCCCACAGAAUUUGCCACACAGUUUAAAGAAACUGUACAUUCAUGAUAAUAAGAUUAAAAAUAUCAGUGACCAUGACCUAAACUAUCUUGAUAAUUUGGAAGGUCUUGACUUAAGUGGCAACUGUCCUCGCUGUCACAAUGCUCCUUACCCUUGUGAAUCAUGUUUCAAUAACAAAAGUCUUUUCAUCAGCCCCAGAGCUUUUGCCUCUUUAAAGCAAUUAAAAUUUCUAAGACUACACAGCACCUCUCUUCGUAAAGUGGACCCUAAGUGGUUUGAAAAUACCACAAAUCUUGAAGUACUUGACCUUUCCCAAAAUUAUUUGGCUAAAGAAAUUGAAGAUGCUGAGUUUUUGAAUUUCCUUCCUAAUCUUAUAGAUCUAGAUUUGUCUUUCAAUUAUGAACUGCAACAAUACUCUCCAUAUUUGAAUUUGUCACACCCAUUUUCUACUCUCACUAAACUUAAACACUUGAGACUGAGGGGUUAUGUUUUUAAAACAUUGAACUGGGUCACUGUACUCAAUUUGAGAAAUCUCAUUCAUCUAACUGAACUGGACUUUGGAACUAAUUUUAUUAGGAAUGCUAACUUUACGAUGUUUAAAGACUUCCCAGCUCUUCAAAUAAUAAAUCUUUCCUUCAAUAAAAUAUCUCCCUCUUCAGAUGGGUUCAGUGAGGUUCCAUUUCACUCUAAUCAUGUGCCUUUAUUUGGUCAAUAUAAGGAGAUGAGUUAUUUCAUAUAUGAUAAAUAUAGUCGUAGUUGUACAUCUAAAGAUCAAGAGAUGUCUCCUUCCUUACCCCAUGGCAUUGAACCUUCUUGUACUCAAUAUGGAAAAACACUGGAUUUAAGCAGAAAUAACAUGUUUUUUAUUAAACCCUCUGAUUUCCAGAACUUUGCUUCUCUGAAGUGUCUUAACUUGUCAGGCAAUGCCAUGAGUCAAACUUUACAUGGAAAUGAAUUCCGCUUUUUGUCUGGCUUGAAGUACCUGGAUUUCUCUAACAAUCGAGUUGAUUUACUAUAUUCAAAUGCCUUUCAAGAGCUGAAAGAACUAGAAAUCCUAGAUCUUAGUGACAACAAGUAUUAUUUUCAGGUAGAAGGUGUCACCCACAUGUUGAAUUUUACCAGGAAUUUGACUUCUUUGAAAAAGCUGAUUCUGAAUGGGAAUGAGAUUUUUACUUCUGCUGACAAAGGGAUGGCAAGCAGUUCCAUCAAAACGUUGGAAUUUAGAAAAAAUCGCUUGGAUAUCCUGUGGAAGGAUGGAACUGAUUACUUGUCAUUCUUCAAGGAGCUGAAGGGCCUGGAGAAUCUUGACAUCUCUGACAAUUCAUUGAGUUUUAUACCUGGGGAUGUAUUUGAUCGUCUGCCUCCACAGCUCCAGAACCUGAGUCUGAGCAAUAAUAAACUGAAGAUGUUCCCUUGGGAGAAACUUCAGGUUCUGAAGAACCUGAAACACCUGGAUCUUAGCAACAACCAGUUGACUGUUGUCCCCCCUGAGCUGUCCAAAUGCUCUGGCGUUCUUCAGAUCCUCACACUGCAACACAACAGGAUCAAAAAGCUGACAGAGAAUUUUCUCCGAGGUGCUUUUCAACUGAGACACUUGGACCUAAGUUUUAAUAGUAUCAAAAUAAUCAGGAACUCUAGCUUCCCACAGAAUGUGAUAAACAACCUAAACGAACUACUUCUGAAUGGCAAUCCUUUCAAAUGUAAUUGUGAUAUAGUGUGGCUGGCCUGGUGGAUGAACAAAACUAAUGUGACUAUUCCACGGCUAGCAACAGAUGUGACCUGUUCAGGCCCAGGUGCAUGGAAAGGUAAGGGUGUCAUUUUAUUAGAUUUGCACACUUGUGAAUUGGACUACUCCCAGAUCCUGUACUGUGUAUCAUCCUCCAUAAUUAUGUGUCUGAUGACCCUCACAGUUACCAGCCACCUAUAUUUCUGGGAUGUGUGGUAUAGCUACCAUUUCUGCAUAGCCAAGCUAAAAGGAUAUAAACGCCUGUUUUCCUCAGAAGUUCUGUACGAUGCUUUUAUUGCUUAUGAUAUAAAAGAUGCUGCAGUAAAUGAAUGGGUCCUGAAAGAACUAGUUGAAAAACUGGAAAAUGAGCAAGAGAAACAAUUCAAUUUGUGCUUGGAAGAAAGAGACUGGCUACCAGGACAGCCAAUUUUGGAUAACCUUUCUGAGAGCAUAGAAAUGAGUAGAAAAACUGUAUUUGUUUUGACAAACAGGUACAUUGCUUGUGGCAACUUCAGAACAGCCUUUUAUUUAGCACACCAACGGCUCAUGGAUGAAAAAGCAGAUGUGAUUAUCUUGGUAUUUCUUGAAAAGGUUUUACAAAAGUCAAAAUAUCUCCGUCUCAGGAAGCGACUGUGUAGUAGGUCUGUACUUGAAUGGCCAACCAAUCCUCAGUCUCAGUGUUAUUUCUGGCAUUGCCUGAAAAAUGCAUUAACGGUAAACAAUGAUGUGAGCUAUAAUGUUCUUUUUAAAGAAAUGGUAUAA